GCCAGAUUGCAACUCAUACUUUCGUUUUAUUUAUGCUAGUUUUCACUAUUUAAACAACAAACUUACAUCGAGCAGUCAGUGUAUGGGGAUAAUCAACAUAGCUAAGUUUUGCUGUUCACUGCAAAUUAGGAAUUGUAACCGGAACAUUUAGGCUACUUCAGGAAAUGGGAUAGUUUAAUUUCCCAUUGGCUAGUCAUCUGCCUAUCAAAUUGACUUGCCGGCAACUGGAGGCGUCUUUAUUGGGCUGAGUUGUUAUCAAUCACCUAGGCGGGCCGGAGAAGGGGCGGGAGUUUGGUUGAGACGGACUUGUGCUGCAACAAGAGGCAGUGGUGGUAAACAGACUUCUGGAAUGGGAGCUCUAAAAAAAUAAUUAAUUUCAUUUUCUUUAAAUCUGAAGUUUGGUUCGAGGCAAAUUAAACUUUUGAAUGAUUAGGUUCAUAAAAUUUUGGAGGAAAAAUCAAAAUCUCCGCCAGUCGUUUUUUAAAUAUCUGUUAGCUACAGUAUCUAGCCAGCUAGCUAGUUACUUUAGCUAGCUGGCUAAAAUGGCUUAAAUCCUGCUUGCGUGCUAGCUAGCAUAUAUAGCUGGCUAGCAGUAACAAUUUAUACAGCCGUUACCAACAUAGUGCGCUGGUUAAGUUUUGUUUUUUUCUUUGCAUAAAUGAAUCAAGUGAAGUGUUUCGAUUGCCAUAACUUAGUUGCGGCCUUACUCCUUAACGUGGAUAAUGCUUAGCAUUUAACGUCGGCUAGACAUCUUGCGACUGGUUGUAAGUUAUACUUUGAUUAAUAAGAGGGCAAACAGACUUUUUUUAAACAACUGCAAAAACUUUGCUCUGGCGUUGAGUGCUUUUAAGAUUUAAAUUAGCUAUUUACUAGCUAACGUUGGCUACUUUCGAUGGGGGUGCGUGGGCCAUCCCCCUUCAGGAAAAGUGUCGAGUAUUGUUUGAGAAUACCGUACAGUAAAGCACGGUCAGGUUAGCUUGACAAAAAGCUAGUUAACGUUAGCGAGCAAGUAGUCUCGUAGCAGUAGUUAGGAGCUAUAUUAUUAACGCUAGUCUUUGUAUUUUGAAUGUUAACAAUAUAUAUUAACUGCUGCUUAAACCGAGUAAUACCCGCCACAGUAACGUUAGCGUUAUACUGAACAAAACAAACAUGCAAACUUCUUUCUUUUACUGCGCACAAUUAUCCGCUUGCCAGUUAACAAAUGAUGCCUGGGAUUUGACCGAACGCGCUUGCCAACAAUAGAUUUGAAAGUAGGUCUUGGUUUGCAUCAGUUACAGCUGUAGCUACACACACUUAACGAAUAGCAAACAAGUUAGCAGGUCUAAGACUCUUUGUUUGCUAACGCCUAUCUUGGGGAGUUGCACAUGUGAGGACGGCGACAUCAGUAACUUAGUUGCUGAACAGCACCGGAGUCAUGGCCCAGGAAAAGAUGGAACUAGACCUUGACUUAUCUUCCCUGACCCAAGGCGACGGCCAGUUAAGACGAUCCAACAGCGCUCCUAUGAUAAACGGUUUGAGUGACAACUCUCCAGUAUUCCAGCGAGAUGUUCUUCGUAGCCGCAGAAACAGCACCACCGUUGUGAACCGCUCCACUCUGAUGGUCCCCUCUUCUCCCAUUCGAGCCAGCACCAGACUUCACCAGAUCAAGCAGGAGGAGGGCGUGGACGUGAUGAACAGAGAGACGGCCCACGAGCGGGAGGUGCAGGCAGCCAUGCAAAUGAGCCAGACGUGGGAGGAGAGUCUCAGUUUGAGCGACAACGACUUUGACAAAUCGUCGUCGUCGUCCCCGAAACGGAUCGACUUCGUGCCCGUGUCCCCGGCUCCGUCCCCCACGCGAGGCAUCGGGAAGAAGCAAUGCUUCUCACCGUCUCUACAAAUCCUGGUGAGCAGCAAUGGCCUCAACCCCAGCCCCAUCCCCAGUCCCACACGCCGCUUCAACAGCAGGAGGAGUCAGAGCCCCAUCAACUGCAUCAGACCCAGCAUACUGGGGCCUAUCAAGAGGAAAGGAGAGAUGGAGACGGAGAGCCAGCCCAAGAGGCUUUUCCAGGGCACCACCACCAUGCUGUCAUCAGAGGCGUCCCUGCUGCCAGACCUCAGCUCCUGUUUGUCUCCAGAUCUGCUGGAUGGGAGUCUGAGCAGCGUGGGGUCGUCUGCAGGCUCCCCUGCCAAGAUGGACGGGGUCUCCUCCUCCCCCAGCACCUCCCCCUUCACCCCGCUACAGGACCUGUCCCCCAAGUGAGGAGGCGAAGAGGCCUCCGCUCCAUCUCCUGCUCCCCUGAGGAGCUUUUCUCAUCAUUUUUGGGGAAUCUGUGUUUUUAAAAAAAAACAAACAAACAAAAAAACAAUAUGCGCUAUUCAUGGGAGAACCGCUCCCCCAUGCCCGAGAGGUGUGCGCCUGUGCGAUUCUGAGCAUGUUGUGUGUGUCGUGUGAACACCGUGUGUGUGUGAGACCGGGGGGCGAGGGCGUGCCUCUCUGACACACGCUGGUCCUGAAAAUGCACUUUGCUGACCCGUGGGAGAGGGGCCACCGUGGGUCAGAGCGGCGGACGCCCAGAGCGCUAGCGCCAGCUGCUAUUUCUAGAACGACUACAAGGUGCUAAUGCCCGUCCCCCGUCCAGUGAGCACAGCUUGUGCCCCCCCCCCCCCCUCCCUGCCGCUUCCACGCCCUCACCAGCCAAGUUCUCCACAAAAACACAGCACAGGAUUAACGCGCAUCGGAGGGCUUCCCCGUGUGCAAGCGUAUUCAAAAGCGAGGUUUCUCAUAGGUCGAGUGCUUUCCUGCACAGCUGAGGCUUUGAUAAGGUUCAGAGUUUCUCUCCGCCUGAUCGAAAGGCCAGCUUACGCCUGUCAAAGGGAAGGUCGGAUCCAAAGCUUACUUGGGGAAUGCGGAGCAGUGCAUGCGAGUAUUUGACGCGGUCCGCGCGACGUGUCAAAUUGAAUUUUUGAACCGAAUCCUGCUUUAAGGAGUUGAUUUUACGAUUAAGUGGCAUGCCUUCACAAGGUAUUUCAGCUAUUAGGUAUACAAAGAUGAAAAGUCAGUACUACAUUUAUGUGAAUAUAGUUUUUAACUUAUUUGGUCUUACCUGUAUGUUUUGUAAGUAUGUAUAUAUGAUUAUUAGCUCGGAAGUGAACGCAGGCUCAGGGGAUUGGCAUUUGUUUUUAGAGGUGAAUGGAAAAUUGCUUAAAUUCUAAGCGCCAUUCUAGUCUGUCAGAGGUUUCCGAAUGAGGAAUUCCAUGGUCUGAAUGUCUCAUAGGCAGGUUUGUGUGCUCUUGUAAGGGCAUUUCCAUCUAAACUGUAUGCUACAUUGGUGAAUUGGCGCUGGGACACCUCCCUGCCCUAUGCAGCUGAAAGGUUAUUCCCUUACUGAAGAGAACUGCAGGACAAAUGGCUGUUCUUUCGCUUGUGGUCCAUGAGGUCAAACCAAGGGCUGUCACCACUCACUCAUGCUAGCACACCCAGUACUGUCAGGCAACAUGCGGCUUUCAAACCUUGCUGCCUGUCAGUGUUUCAAUACUUCCAUUCUAUAUGUUGUGUUUUUUAGACUGUAGUAAAAAAAAUUAAGCUACCAAACUUUGAAUUCAAGGCCGAAAGGUUCUCCUUCAUGGAAUAACGAGCCAGGAAGCCCAGUCUUACUUCAGCAGCUCUGUGAAGCCGCCUAUGAGAACUGACCUCAAACGUUGAAUUUCCAAACGCUUUUGUGACGACUCGAAUGGAGCCUAGGGUUGGCUUGGCUUUUUCCUUUUUCUGGGUACCUGCACUGUAAACAAACAAAAAGAAUGCAAUGGACAAACUGACUGAACAGUACUUCUCAAAAGAGGGGGGAGGG